GUGCUGACAAACAACAAGGUCACAUGUAAACUUCUGAUUAAAGUUGGUAGAAAUAUUAUACAUCAUUUUGUUUCGCCGGUGACCAAGAACAUGCUAGAAUAACAUAACCAUGAGCCAGGGGAAAGCACCAUAUGGGCCCCUCUCAUCCUUACCUUGAAAACACUAUCAGUAAUGUGUCAAGCAAACAAUAACAGACCUUCCCUCUCUUCUGUCUCGCUUUCUUCACCCUCCUCCUGGCGGGUGUUUUUUUAACCACACCCAUUUCCUCCAUUGUGGGAGGAACUCUCCAAGAGCAACAUCACUCCUGCAUUCCUGCCUGUGUGCACUGUGCUUCCCGUGGCCUGACUGUAAACCAGGCUAGACUGCUGAGCUGUUUCUAUGGUGCUACAUCAGAGGCUUAAGAGUCACUGCACGCAGCCAAUCAGAUGACUUGUGGGGGGAACCGUGUGGGCUGUAGUAGCUAACAGAACCACUUUCUUCAUGUUUUAUGAGUGGGAAGUGAGCAAUCGACGAGGAAGACUUCACCCUGAAAACCGGACCAGAAAGAACUAGUUUUUGGCAUCUGCUCAGGACAGAACACAAGUUGUUCUGAAAGCCAUAGAGGAAAUUCAGUUGCCAUGGCAGAUAAUGUUAUUGAGGAGGCCGAUAAUUACCCUGGCAAGGAUGAGCUGGAAUGGGGCUAUGAAGAAGGUGUUGAAUGGGGUCUUCUGUUUCCUGAGGCAAAUGGAGAGUACCAGUCCCCCAUAAACCUUAACUCUAGGGAGGCCCGCUAUGACCCGCGGCUGCUGGAGGUGGGGCUUAACCCCAACUAUGUAGUUUGCAGAGACUGUGAAGUCAUUAACGAUGGUCACACUGUGAGAAUCAUGCUCAAGUCCAAAUCAGUUGUGACUGGGGGUCCUCUCCCCAGUGACCAUGAGUAUGAAUUGAGCGAGGUGCGCUUCCACUGGGGAAAAGAGAACCAGAGGGGUUCUGAACACACUGUCAACUUCAAGGCUUUUCCUAUGGAGCUUCAUCUAAUCCAUUGGAACGCUACAUUAUUCAACAGCGUGGAGGAGGCCAUGGGCAAGAACAAAGGCAUUCUCAUCAUCGCCUUAUUUGUGCAGGUUGGGAAGGAACAUCUUGGGCUGAAGGCCAUCACAGACGUCCUGCAGGACCUGCAGUAUAAGGGAAAGACAAAAAUAAUUCCAUGUUUUAACCCCAACACAUUACUGCCUGAUCCUCUCUUAAGAGAUUACUGGGUGUAUGAGGGCUCUUUAACUACACCGCCCUGUAGUGAGAAUGUCAUCUGGAUUCUUUACCGUUACCCCCUUACCAUCUCUCAGAUGCAGAUCUGCUAUGCUGCUGCUGCUGCUGUUGAUUAUUGCUGCUGCAGAAUUGAGGAGUUUCGUCGUCUUAGGUCCCACAUUAAAGGAGCAGAGCUUCCAGAAGGCAAUGAUGGGAUGCUGGGGGACAACUUCAGACCCACCCAGCCCCUGAGCGACAGGGUGGUCAGGGCAGCCUUCCAGUAAAACCCCCACAGCAGGAUCCAUUUUAAUCUGCCAGGGAAAUUAGAUAUGAUGAAGAAAUAGAGAUGAGGGCUCUACAACGUCCUGGCUAAAGUGAAAGUUCAUCACUUCCUGUAUAUGUGCAUGAGCAUCAUUUUGUAGCUGAAUGUUCUGAGUAUGGCCCUGAUGUGUGCAGAAACUGCUUUUACCUUUCAUCUGAAACAAAAUUAUACUGGAUUUUAUGUAAACAAGAGGUAGCCAGUAAUUAUGAAGAGACACUUGGUAAUAAGGUUGUAUACGUAAGAGUGAAGGAGCAUACUAACGCUUGAUGAAUAUUGUUAGAAUACUGCAGUUUAACAAUAUGUUUAUGUGUGUAAUCCUAUAAAUGUGGCUUUAUAGGAAGAUCAUAAUAUUCAUGACCCAUUCCAUACAGUUUUAUAUUUGAUUAUUUCUGAUAUUUGACAUGAACAGAAUAGGUUUAGCCAUAUCAGAAGGUAUUUAUGACUGUACAUUGAAGGCUUUUAAAUACUAACAUUGAAAUAAAUUUAUGCUGUUGAAUGAACUGAUUAAAGACACAAAGAUUGA